ACUGGUGAAACCACAAUUCCCAGUUCUUCAUCCCCACCUGUCAAUCAAGCAAACCGACCCACCGUAGCAGCCCAACAUACCAUAGCCGUCCAUUUACCAGGAUCCGUAAGGCCAGACCUGGAAUCCAAUCUGUCACGAUCCAUGGGGUUCAUUAACUCCGCUGUACAGUCCAAAUGGAAGCUCCUGAUUGAGUGUCUAUCUGUGUCAUUCCACUGCGUUCUUCCUCAGUAUCCACAAGGACUACGAAUAUGGCUACUUGGCCAAGUGGCGGUGCAACCUGUUGAUAUGCGAUGUGCUGUAGAGAGCUCACACUUGGUGAUCGUGUCCGUCCCCAGCUUAUUAUUCCGUCCGCUAACUCAUCCCUCUGUCAUGGGUUCGCUGAGUUUAGCUCUCCGAGCUAAAACGGAAAACGUAAUGAUCAGUUAGGAUGCAACAUAAUCUGUGGAGUUUAGGGAACCCAGUAACGGUACCUUGUGUCAGGGUUCACGGCGCAGUCAGGCGUGACGACCAUGUUG